AUGAUCGUGAUUCUGCUGGUCUUAGGAGUUUCUUUGAUCGAAGUUACAUUUAUAUUUCGCCCUCAUCUUAUAUUGCAGGUUGAAAAUGUGAAAUUAUUAGAUCGCUAUACAAAUAGGAAGGCAGCAAACGGGACAUUAUAUCUGACAGCUACUCAUCUCAUCUAUGUAGAUGCUUCUGCUGAAGUCAGAAAAGAAACAUGGAUCCUGCAUCACCAUAUUGCAACUGUAGAAAAAUUGCCUCUGACCACAGCGGGAUGCCCUCUCCUCAUUCACUGCAAGAACUUCCACGUGGCACACUUUGUUAUCGGGCAGGAACGGGACUGUCACGAAGUGUAUACCUCAUUGCUUAAACUUUCACAACCAGUGAAACCUGAAGAUCUUUAUGCUUUCUCGUAUAAUCCUAAAAUGUCUAAAGAUAACCGGGAGAUUGGAUGGAAACUGAUUGAUUUAAAAGUAGAUUACCAGCGUAUGGGAAUUCCAAAUGACUACUGGGAAAUAACGGAUGCGAAUAAAGACUAUGAGGUUUGCAACACUUACCCUCCAGAAAUAGUGGUGCCUAAAGCUGCUAAUAAAGCAACAGUGAUCGGAAGCUCAAGAUUCAGAAGCAGAGGGCGGAUUCCAGUCCUUUCCUACUUAUAUAAAGAAAACAAUGCUGCCGUGUGCCGCUGUAGCCAGCCCCUCUCCGGCUUCAGCGCGCGCUGCCUGGAGGACGAGCAGAUGCUGCAAGCCAUCCGCGAGGCCAACCCGGGGAGUCCCUUCAUGUAUGUUGUAGACACAAGGCCAAAGCUAAAUGCCAUGGCCAACCGAGCUGCUGGGAAGGGUUAUGAGAACGAAGAUAAUUAUGAUAACAUUCGCUUUAAAUUUAUCGGCAUAGAAAACAUCCAUGUGAUGCGGAACAGCUUGCAGAAACUCCUGGAAGUGUGUGAAGCAAAGUCUCCUUCAAUGAGCGACUUCCUCACUGGGCUGGAGAACUCAGGUUGGUUGCGGCACAUUAAAGCUGUGAUGGAUGCAGGUGUCUUUCUUGCCAAGGCUGUGAAAGAUGAGAAGGCAAGUGUGUUAGUGCACUGCUCCGACGGGUGGGAUCGCACGGCUCAGGUCUGCUCCCUGGCUAGCCUCCUUUUAGACCCGUUUUAUAGGACUUUUAAAGGCUUCAUGGUCUUGAUAGAGAAGGAGUGGAUUGCCAUGGGUCACAAGUUCUCACACAGGUGUGGCCAUUUGGAUGGUGACCCAAAAGAGAUAUCUCCUGUCUUCACUCAGUUCACGGAGUGCGUCUGGCAGCUCAUGCAGCAGUUUCCGUGCGCGUUUGAGUUUAACGAGCGCUUCCUGCUGGAAAUCCAUGACCACGUCUACUCCUGCCAGUUUGGCAACUUCCUUGGGACCUGCCAUAAGGAGCGUGAAGAUCUGAAAAUCUUUGAGAAGACCCACUCUCUCUGGCCUUUCCUCUUACAGAAGAAGCAGGAGUUCAGAAAUCCUUUGUACAGAGGAUUUACAGCUUAUAAUGACCUUCAACCAAACACGUUACCUUUCAGUUUCCAGUUUUGGUGUGGGAUGUAUAAUCGUUUUGACAAAGGAAUGCAUCCAAAACAGUGCGUGUUGGAUCAUCUCCUAAAUUGCAUGAGCCAAAAAACAAAACUAGAGGACAAUGCAUCUGAAUUGGAAAAUAAGCUUCCCUUCCUUGAUGGUCCUUUACUCACGGAAGCCUGUUCCUUCCCUAAAUUGGGAAGUGCUUCUUCAAAAACACCGAUGCUCAACACUCCCCAGGAUUAUGAUGGGGACCCACCUGCUGCGUUGACUAAUGGUACUAUGGAGGGGGAUGUAGAUGUUACGUCAGACAUGGACCAAAAGAACAAAGAGAACCUGCCUAAGCACCAGGACCUCUGCGAUCUAAAAGCCACUGUUGGUGUUUUGGACUCUGAAGCUGCGGAUGGGAAGCCUGAGCAUCACUGA